AUGUCCACCCUGGAACAUCGUUUGCAGGAGGUGGAGACGCGUGGCAGUGCUGUGGCACGCGGCUUGCGCGCCUUGGAGCCCUUCGUGGAGCAAGUCACUGCGAGGUUGGAACCCCUGGAACCUGCCAUCGAGGGCAUCCGAUCUGAAAUGUCGGCCUCAAGCCAAAUCCAUCGGACCUCCAUCGCUGCUCAAGGGAAGAGAAUGGAGGAAGGUUUGAAAGCUCUCCAAGACCAAGUGGCCAAAUACCAGGAGGACGGCCCUCGGAUGACGCAAGCGGUCCAGGACAGGGGUGAUACAGCGGCCCCACAGCGGCGUUGGACCGCGAAUGCUCGUGGUCAGGAGGUUGGAGCAGUUGCAGAGGUACUACUGGCUCUUCGUGGAGAACCCCCCGGGCGCCCGGGUGCCACUGCUUCACGGCAGGCCCCCCAGCAGGCGAAGACUUUGCCUGUUGUUAUGGAUGUUCGGCUGGUGCAGCUCCUCCUAGUGCUGGCACCGUGUUUGGAGGUGGUCCAGGCUCGUUCCGCUGAAGUCCUGGCAGAUGGCUCCAGUCGAGGUCUGAUGAGAUCGGAACGAUGGUGGGUGGAAAAGGUUCCACCGGAUCCAGACAAACCACAGCCAUUAGCGCACACAGGAACCAUCAACCCGCUGACCUGCUUUGAUACAUUGGAGAGGGAGGUGAUCCCAUGCUUCAGCUUCGUGGAUGUUAGUUGCAAACCCUGGACGUCUACUGCCUGUGAAUGUGAUGAGAAGCGUCCCAUCUGUGUGACGGACAUCGCCAAGCGAUCCUCGCCCGCCUCGCCGGCCAACGCGCGAGCGUCCACGAAGAUUCAACAUGCUUGCUGUCCCAAGCCCAACAAGAAGUGA